GGGGCAUUACAAGUUUGUUCGGUAAAAUGACUUCGGGACUACGUAUGAAUUGAUUGAAUAUAUUUUCUUUUGAAUAGUACCUAUGUGUGUGAGUCGACAGUUUGCCGAGAGAAGUCUCAUAAUUGUAGCGUCUCUCUUGCAGACCUAACGUAUAACUAGUAUAAUAAAAAUGUCGGGAAUACUAAAGAGUAUUACCGAUUAUUACAAUUAUGUGAUACACGAUUUAGCUGAUCCAAGAACAAAGGAUUGGUGGGGUGUAUCCAGUCCCUUCACAGUGAUAGCUAUUGCGUCAGCUUACCUAUACUUCUGCCUGUCUUUGGGUCCUCGGCUGAUGAAGAAUCGGCCAGCUUUUGAACUGAAGACUCCACUUAUGCUAUACAAUACCUUCCAAGUCCUGUUCAGUAUAUUCAUAGCGUACGAGGGAGGUGUCUACAUAUUAUCAAGAGAAUUCAACUUAGCAUGUGAACCUGUUGACUACUCAAAUAACCCUCGAGCACUCAGGGUGGCUGCAGCAACAUGGUUCUACUUCUUCGCAAAGUUCACGGAGCUUCUAGACACAGUAUUCUUUAUCUUAAGAAAGAAGUACGAUCAGGUCACCUUCCUCCAUGUGUACCAUCACACUUUGAUGUCCUUGGUCGUCUGGAUUGCUGUUAAAUAUUAUCCAGGUGGUCACACUACGUUGAUGGGUUUCCUGAACUCCAUUGUCCACGUUGUCAUGUACACUUACUACCUGAUCUCUGGCCUUGGACCUCAGUACCAGAAGUACGUCUGGUGGAAGAAGCAUGUCACAAAAAUGCAACUGACACAAUUCACCAUAGUCUUCAUCCACAACGUCUCAGUAUUCUUCUACGAAUGUAACUUCCCAAAAUUCCUGAACCUUAUGUGUAUUGGUAAUUGUGUAGCUUUCCUCUACAUGUUCGGAAAGUUUUACAUCGAUAGAUACAGAAGGAAUGUUAGGAACAAAUCAUUGUUAGAGAGCAGAAGAGCUACUCCGAUGACCAAGAGUGAGAUGAACAAUUACGGAAUACAAAGAAAAGUCGCCGAGAAGUCACGGUAGUAAAAAGCUACUUAAGUUAAUAACAAUAAGGUUGAAAUUGUACAUUACAAUAUUUAUUACGAAUUAAUUAAAUAAUAAAAGACAAUAAAUGUAAGUGAUAUAUUUAUUAAUAUUAAGAAUAUUUAUGUAAUUUUAGUAUUUAAAAUAAAAAUGAUGAUAUUGUUUAUUGAUUUUAUACCUACGGAAAAUGUAUUUUUGAGAUGAAAUUUUCUACGUGACUAAAAAACGGCAGGUACUUAAAAACCAAAGAAGAGAAAAUAAAAGGAUAUCGAUA